UGUAUACAAAAAUGUAGAGUGAAAUUACAUCAGAGAACAAAAUAGGAACAUUUUAUACAUAAAAAUAAUAAUAGUUAAUGCUAUAUUUUGUUUUCUUUCAAUCGAAUGAAUCACCAGUCAUUUAUAUGUGUAUUUAAUAAAUAGAUUAAUUAAUUAAUUGAUUAAUAGAUUAAUAGAUUAAUAUAAUUAUUAUUUAUUACCAACAAAAAUGGUCGAAUUUUGUCCCUGCGAAUCUACUCAACAACGUUCCCCUCUUCGUCAUAAUCAACACAACCACGGCUCAUUCGCUCUCUUACCUCUCCAACAUCGAGCCGGCGGCCAUGUGACAAUGUUCAGACUAGAGAAUGGUGCAAUCUGCAAAGCAAUGACCACCAAAGAACAACGCUUUUUUGAAGUUCUGCAGUGCAAUUUGCCGUGUCAAGUCUUUAUGCCCCGCUACAUGGGAGUCAUCCGAAUCAUCUAUUGUCCCCAACCAGAGAUUGCCCUUGAACAGGACCGUCAGCGACUAGAGGCCCUGUUUUCUUCGACUUGCAAUCACAACAGACCAACCACGCCGGCUGUACCUGAACACCAGGUUGUGUUUCGGGAUCCCUGUCUUGCGUCUCCUAUCUCACUUGCUCUUCCAAUAAUUGAUAACAACAAUAAUAUUACCACUACACCAGCAUCAGAUUCUGAUCCUAAUCCUAAUCUUAAUACAACUACAGUCACAACCAAAGGCAUGGAGGAAUUUAUUGUAAUGGAGGAUUUGACAGUAGGGCUGGAGAAGCCGUGUGUUUUGGAUCUAAAGAUGGGAACAAGGCAGCACGGUGUGUAUUGUUCGGCUGCUAAACAAGCCAGCCAAACCCUCAAAUGUUUAGAAUCUACCAGCAAAAUUCUUGGGGUACGAAUAUGUGGUGCUCAGGUUUUCAAACCUGCGACAAAUAGUUAUGAGUUUCAAGACAAAUACAAAGGUCGGUUACUGACACCAACGACAUUCCGGCACACUCUUUACACAUUCCUUCACGAUGGCACUCGGGCCCUUACAGACCUGGCACGGAUUCUUAUUGACAAACUCAAGCAGCUGGCCUGCGUGGUUGGUCAACUGCCGGGCUACAGAUUCUAUGGCUCUAGUCUACUGGUGGUUUAUGACGGAGCCCACCCUUCCACAAUUGAUGUGCGCAUCAUUGACUUUACCCACUGCGUCACUCAAGACGAACUUGUCCAUCCACCAAUACCCAUGACACACCCACCUGAAGACUCUGUGGAUGAGCCCGAUCAUGGAUAUUUACUCGGUCUCAAGACGCUUUUAGAAAUACUUGAAGCAAUGGUCGUUUCUGACUCGCAUUGAUUUCAUUUCUUGUAUAUGUAUAAUACAAUAUAGAAUAUACAUCUUUGUGUUUGUGUUUGUGUGUGUAGGUAUCUUGAUUAUUAUUCUUAUUUUGAAAUCACUCUUUUCUCCCACACUUUUGUGUUUUGCUUGCUUAAUAUGUCUGAUCCGAACACAAGCAGUCAAGGCAAAAUAAACUCUAAAAUCAUAUACUC